GAGAAGAUAAUGGCUACUUACCAAAUGCUCCAAUCACAGGAGAAGAUAAUGGCUAUAUUCCAAAUGCUCCAAUCACAGGAGAAGAUAAUGGCUAUAUUCCAAAUGCUCCAAUCACAGGAGAAGAUAAUGGCUAUAUUCCAAAUGCUCCAAUCACAGUAGAAGAUAAUGGCUACUUACCAAAUGCUCCAAUCACAGGAGAAGAUAAUGGCUACUUACCAAAUGCUCCAAUCACAGGAGAAGAUAAUGGCUAUAUUCCAAAUGCUCCAAUCACAGGAGAAGAUAAUGGCUACUUACCAAAUGCUCCAAUCACAGGAGAAGAUACUGGCUACUUACCAAAUGCUCCAAUCACAGGAGAAGAUAAUGGCUACUUACCAAAUGCUCCAAUCACAGUAGAAGAUAAUGGCUACUUACCAAAUGCUCCAAUCACAGUAGAAGAUAAUGGCUACUUACCAAAUGCUCCAAUCACAGGAGAAGAUAAUGGCUAUAUUCCAAAUGCUCCAAUCACAGGAGAAGAUAAUGGCUACUUACCAAAUGCUCCAAUCACAGGAGAAGAUAAUGGCUAUAUUCCAAAUGCUCCAAUCACAGUAGAAGAUAAUGGCUACUUACCAAAUGCUCCAAUAACACGAGAAGAUAAUGGCUACUUACCAAAUGCUCCAAUCACAGGAGAAGAUACUGGCUACUUACCAAAUGCUCCAAUCACAGUAGAAGAUACUGGCUACUUACCAAAUGCUCCAAUCACAGGAGAAGAUAAUGGCUAUAUUCCAAAUGCUCCAAUCACAGUAGAAGAUACUGGCUACUUACCAAAUGCUCCAAUCACAGUAGAAGAUAAUGGCUACUUACCAAAUGCUCCAAUCACAGGAGAAGAUAAUGGCUAUAUUCCAAAUGCUCCAAUCACAGGAGAAGAUAAUGGCUAUAUUCCAAAUGCUCCAAUCACAGUAGAAGAUAAUGGCUACUUACCAAAUGCUCCAAUCACAGUAGAAGAUACUGGCUACUUACCAAAUGCUCCAAUCACAGGAGAAGAUAAUGGCUACUUACCAAAUGCUCCAAUCACAGUAGAAGAUAAUGGCUACUUACCAAAUGCUCCAAUCACAGUAGAAGAUACUGGCUACUUACCAAAUGCUCCAAUCACAGGAGAAGAUAAUGGCUACUUACCAAAUGCUCCAAUCACAGUAGAAGAUAAUGGCUACUUACCAAAUGCUCCAAUCACAGUAGAAGAUACUGGCUAUAUUCCAAAUGCUCCAAUCACAGGAGAAGAUACUGGCUAUAUUCCAAAUGCUCCAAUCACAGUAGAAGAUAAUGGCUACUUACCAAAUGCUCCAAUCACAGUAGAAGAUAAUGGCUACUUACCAAAUGCUCCAAUCACAGUAGAAGAUAAUGGCUACUUACCAAAUGCUCCAAUCACAGUAGAAGAUAAUGGCUACUUACCAAAUGCUCCAAUCACAGUAGAAGAUAAUGGCUAUAUUCCAAAUGCUCCAAUCACAGGAGAAGAUACUGGCUAUAUUCCAAAUGCUCCAAUCACAGUAGAAGAUAAUGGCUACUUACCAAAUGCUCCAAUCACAGUAGAAGAUAAUGGAUAUAUUCCAAAUACAGGGACACCUCCAUCAGCUUCAGAUGGCUAUCUACCGGAUACUUAUUCAAAUAUAUUGCCACCUCCUCAGGUAAGAGCAAGCACCGAAUACUCACCAAACUCUCCUUGUGGAGUAUCAAAAACUAUUGAAUCAAAUGGCUACAUAUCAGACACUUGUCUUCCUCCUCCUUCCAGCUGUAAUGGACGCCUAUCUUCUCCUCUGCAUGAUGGAUACUUACCAGAUGUGACUAGUAUCAUGCACCCACAUUCAUCAAGGCUUAAAGAAGUGAUUAAUGAAGAUCUUGAUAGCUAUUCAUACGAUAUUGAAGAAUUUGAUGACAUUGAAGUUUGA